UAUUGCAACAAAUUCAAAUACUUGUCGAACAAGAAGGCAAUAAAUUAAGCACGCUAAUCGAAAUCCAACCCGCGUCCCAUCGAAGUCACGUGCACCGGUAUACUCACUCCCGGACUCUUCAGGAGUAUCUUCAAGCGAAUGCCAGCUCGCUUAUCAAUGACAAAUGUAAUCCCGGUACAAGCGAACAGUUUAAUUAUGAUGGAUUACAGAGGCGGCCAAGAACUGCGUCAAUAAAAAUCAAAGGCCCAAUACAGGCUUAAGUCCAAUACCUAUUUGGCACCCGAACUAAACCAGAGACAUAUCGAUUUCAAACCGAACGGAGCCCCGCGCUGAAGAAAGUUCCACCCUUCGAGUACGGGUUGUACUGGAUGAUUGAUUAUGUUCAACGGUAUCGUUGUUGUCCUACCGGUGCUAGUAUUUCUUGGGGUGGCGCUAGCUGGCGAUUCCUGGCGUUAUCCUACCCCGGGACCGGAUGGAAGUAUCGGAGAGCCGGAAAAUUGGGGCGGAAACUGCGACUUUGGCCGCAGGCAAUCCCCGAUCGAUAUCACCUACAAGGCUGCCGUCAAAGGAACCUAUCCGGAAUUGAUCUUCCAAAACUAUGACAAACCAUUAGUGAACGCUUCGCUAGUAAACACCGGCCACACAAUUCAAAUCAACCUAGCCGACACAUCGACGAGCAUCUACGGAGGAGGUCUACGCAGCAAAUACAUUCUCGAGCAGCUACACUUUCACUGGAAUUCGGAGCAUACGAUAGACGGCACACGCUACGCUCUUGAACUGCACCUAGUCCAUCAUCACUCAAAGUUCGCAUCGAUCGCCGAAGCUGCCACCACGAAAGCAGGAAUCGCUGUUUUUGCCGUACUCUUCCACGUGAAUGAACACUCCAAUUCAGCUCUCGGUACAAUUUUAAACUCAACCGAGCCAGUAAAAUCUAAAAUUGACGAGCAAAUUUCGAUAAGCGACGAAUUCAGUCUAGACGAGCUGCUACCCAGGAACCAUACGUUUUACUUCCGCUACGAAGGAUCCCUAACGACACCGGUAUGCGCCGAAUCGGUCGUGUGGACGGUGUUUCCCGAAUCGCUACCUCUUUCGCUUGCCCAACUCGAAGACUUCAAGACCGUCCACGAUCUGGACGAUAAGGAGCUGGUGUUGAACUACCGACCCGUGCAACCGCUGAACGCCCGCGUGCUGGUACUAGUUUCAGAUACGGAUACGGCCGUUGAUAGUGGAACGUCACGGCUGACAGCUGCUGUGGUCCUACCCGUAGUAACGGUAAUCGGUGCUGCUCUGAUCAUUGUGAUAGCCCGAUUCGGGUGGUAGUUAGAGUAUAGAUUUGAUUUCUUCAAAGUAGAUUUAGGUAGCGUAAAUAGUUCCUCCGUCAUCCUGGCAUCGUCUGCAGUCUGCAAGCACACCCCAAUAAGCACCGAUGGUUUGACGCAAUCUCGGAGGUAAUUGUAAUAAAACAAAACAAUAAAUGAGCAAUUACCAGAUUGGAG